GGCACCGCGCGGAGCCCCACGGAGCGGCCCCUGCCUCAGUUUCCCCUGGCCGGGGCGUCACUGUCGCUGCUGCCACAGCCGCCGCCGCCAUGUGGAUGGUGUCACCGCCGGUCGAUGAAGGAUCUGCCUGGCUUUGGGACACGGCAAAGGCGGGGGGUAUUUUCCAGUCCACCAAGAAGCUGGUGCUGAGCGAGCAGGCGGGACGGGGCCGGGCGCUGGAAUUCCUCCGGAAAAAUGCGGCCAACGGGAUCUCCGUGGCCAACCUGCUGGCGGGGCUCUCCUCCAUCCUCUGCAGCGUCAACAGGCAAUACCAGUACUCCUGCUGGCUGCUGCUCCUGGGCUUCCUGCUGGAUCUGGCUGAUGGGGCCGUGGCCCGGCAGCUCGAUGCCUGCUCGGCACUGGGUGCCAAGCUGGAUGACUUUGCUGAUUUCACCACGUUCGGGCUGGGCACGGCGCUGCUGCUGCAGCCCCAGGGCGUGCUGGGGGGGCUGCUGAGCCUGGCCUAUGUGCUGGCUGUCUUUGCCCGCCUCUGCUUCUUCUCCAGCGGGAUCCCCUUCACCUACCGAGGGCUGCCCUGCCCCUACGCCUCGGCGCUGCUGGCCAGCACCUUCCUGCUCAGCGGGGGCCACGUGGCCCUGCUGCGCGUGGCCGCGGCCGCCAUGACCCUGUUCAUGGCCGACUGCGGCUGCUACCCCCACGACCGGGUGCUGGAGUCACAGCUCUGGAAAAAACUGGUUUAUGCUGGAGGGGUGGUGGCUGUGCUGCUGGCACCGACGGCGGUGGCUGCGGUUUAUUGCCUGGCCUGGGCCACGUCCUACAUCGUCUUCCCCUUCGCCCUCUGGAGCUGCAAGGCCUGAGCCCUCCCUCGAGCCUAGUAAAGCCCUCCUCA